UGUGUAUCGCGGUUUCGUCGAUGGCCACCACCGUCAAAAUUAAUUUCGCGAUAUUUGCCGCUAUUUUUUCGCCGUUUGCAACGGCGACCCCGCGUUUGACAGAUCACGCGUCGUCCAUUGUCGGAUGAACAUCGGAGCACGAUUAUCAUCCCUUUAAGAAGACCGAAAGUAUCCGGUUCAUUGACGUACCGUGUAUGUAUCACCGAAAAAAAAUUGGUUCUCCGGAAAAAAAAAGAACCGUGCACCACUGUGUGAUACGAAGGAUUGCACAAGCAACGCCGACAACUGCUUUAUAUUAAAAUUCCAAAUCAUGCCACCGACUGUAAAUCGGUCGUAGCGAGUCGCUCGCUUUUCUCUCUCGAGACCCUAUAUUGUACGUAUUGACAUGGUGAAGAUGGCAUAUGCACCACUGCCCAAGCUUGUACCCAUAAAUGCAUCCAACAUGUGUCCAAACAACAUGGCGAAAAUCGCUUUAUCCGAAGUGUUGCAAUCGGAUCCAGUAAAACGUCUUUUUAAUCAACCAAACAUUAUUAUUAAGACAAUUCCUCUAAGUUCAGUGGCUGAGCUUGAUAAUGAUAUAUUUGAUAAUAAGAGAAAUGGCAUGAACGCAACAACACUGAAACCACCUUCAAUAUCAAUAGUUCCUGUGAGGAUACCUGACGAAGAAAGAGAUGAUGCUAAUCUUCUGCCUUCAAAAAUAGAGGACAAGAAAUCGGAAAUUGCUCUGUUGCCUGUUAAAAAAAAAUUAUGUGGCCACUAUGAACCAUGCGAGAACAUUACUUGCGAUGUAAUGGUACAGCAGUACGUAGAUAACGACAGAGUAUCACCUAUGUUAGCAGUGAACAUAGAAGAGGAAGAAAUAAACGCGCCAGUCGGAAAGCACUGCAAAAAUGAACAUUGCGACGCGUUGAGUAUCGAUCAUAAUCGUUGUCGUCGAGCGAAAAUAAAGUUAUAUAGAUGCGAUAAAUCUCGUGUGUGCGAUAUUUGUGGGAUAACGCUGAAAGGAUGGAAAUCUCGGAUAUAUCACAGGAAUUGCACAAGAAAGGACGAGUACAGACACAACAAUGUAGAUAGAGCGCAUUUGUUAAAGGAAAGGAUGCGCGAACGUGAACUGCAAAUUUUAGAAAUUGCGAAAAUGAAGAGAAACGAUUACUCGGAUCCCGCAAAAGCGAUAGAAACUUUGCGGAAGAAUGAGGAGAUAAUAAUCAUUCCAAAAACAGCGCCUAGUCAACAACCGAUUAUUACCAUAACUUCAGUACCCACCACUCAAUCAAUUGGCACUAAUGUAUCUAAUGCUCAACCUAUCAAAAUUAAUUCACAAGGAAAUAACUUUGCGAAUAUUUUUGGAAAUGUGCCCUUCACGAUUUCAUCGCAAAACACAUCGCGUCCGAUAGAAAGCAAAACGCAACCGAUAAAUCAAGCUGGAUUUUCAAAUUUGCAACAGAAGUCGUACGUGACAUCUACUUCAACUCCUACUUCCGUUCCUGCCUCUGUUGCUACUUCUGCUCCAGCUUCAUCUUCGCAGAAUCAAUACGUUCGUCUGGCAACUUGUUUGUCUCAAACUACUAAUAUUCAGCCUUUGUCGAUAAACAAUUGGGUCGUAUCACCAUCGCACGUUUUGACGACCACGCCGAUUCAGGCUAAACCAUUCUUGACGCCGAUACGCGUGGUGCCUAUAACUAACUUGAUAACUGCGCCGUCAUUGCUACAUCGGACGCAGGGUAUCCCCAAAUUCUGCAUCAUGGCGGAAAAUGUGGUAACGCAGACGACUAUACCAAAUCCACCACCGCUUCAGCCCGCUGCUGCAAUCGCCGCUAAUGCUGCUAACACUGCUACGACAACUACUGCUGUUACUACUUCUAAUACUACUACUACAACACAACAAAAAGACGCUUUAAAAGUUCCGAUACAGCAUUAUUCGAUACAAAAGUUGCACAAAGGACAAAAGAUCUUAAAGAGGAAGAAGACUUUUUUUUGCGAUUACUGCUCGAAACAUUUCAGCACCGACUGGUAUUUUAAAAUGCACGUCGCGAAGCAUAAGGGUGUAAAACUCUUCUUCUGUAAUCUUUGUGACGAAUCUUUUAGCAAUAAGUAUGAUAUGAAGAAACAUAUGACUAAACAACACAAUAGUCAAAAGGAUAUGUUUACGACGCAUCGGUCAAAAGAAUUUGCUUGCGAUAAAUGUGAUUAUGCUUGUAAAUCGUUCACUUUCUUCAAAAAUCAUAUUAAAACACACGCGACAUUGAAUUCUGAUAAAGCAGAUAUCAAAGUGAGAAGACAGAAAUUAAAAUUUUCAGAAGAAAAAAUAAAUCACACAACAUCAAUACAUGAUUCAAACAGAAAGGAUACGAAGGAAAUAAAUUGCCAGGAUACACCCAGUAACCUGGACAAGAAUAAAGUAAUUUCUGUUGUUGAAACAACGACACAAGAUAAUGUCAAGAUUUUUCAAAAUAUAACCGACAAAAACGACGACGACAUAGACUUAUCGAUGAUUAAUGAAAACAAUAGUGCAAAGAUGAAUGGGUUUACCCUCGUUUCCAUAGAAGGAAGUCUUGAUCCCAAGAAUUACAAGCCAGAAUCUAUUAUCACGUCGUGAUAAAAAAUUCGUGCAAUAUAUUUUAUUUAUAAAAAAUACGAAUUAGACGGUAUUUUUCCAAGUGUUGUUUGAUACAAAAAGCUUGGAAGAAUGGAAAUAUAUGUGGAAAAGAGUAUCGGAGGAAGUAUCCUAUUGAUAACCAAAAAGCGUUAAAUAUAAAUAUUGGUAUGUGUUUUGUACAAUGCAUGAGCAAGGUAUACUUACAUUAGAAUUAAUUUAUAAUAUUGUAUUCUCUGAUGUAAGUAAGAGUACUGACAGUGCUCUUCAUGAUAGUUGUGUAGCUUAAUGAUGUGGAACACUGUGAUAUGAAUCUCUUUCAACACAAAGGAUUCUUAUUUACGCAAUCGCACUUUAAAUCGUGUAAAUAAAAACCGCGACGAAUAAAAACUGCCCAUAUUCUUUUCCGCGUGGAAAAAGAAAACGUUUAUAGAGAGAGUAAUAUUUUAAAUUUUAUUUAUUUAUACAUGAUAAUUUAACAUAAUGAUUUUAGUAAAAUUUUUAAUAUGUUGAUUGUCAGGGCCACCAGUUGAUGCUAGUAAUUUUUUUCUUUACAUUCCUGCAUUAAAUAUAAGAUAAAUCACAGAUUUUUUUUACAUACACAGCAUACACACACACACACACACACACAUAUGUAUAUGUGUAUAUAUACAU